UGUAAAAACAGACAAAACCAAACCCAAAAAAUAUUCUGCUGUUUCAUAAUAACAACAUGCAUCAAUAUAUUUUGCAACCAUGUGUUGAUCCUGUAGUGAACUAAAGCCAGCCUACUUAAUUCACGUCUGUAUCCACACGCUUAAACCCAGAGGAAACACAGGAAAUCGCAAUUUAACUUUGAAGACAGAAAAAGAGAAAAUACAACCAAACACUACCGGACUGUUUUCACUGGGGAGCAGGUCUAUGCGAGCUGCAUUUCUGAAAUAUGAAUCUUUUACUGAUUAUAAUAUAUCAUUGAUUAUUAUCGAACAAUUAACAACAUUACAUCGACAGAGUAGCCUGGAUGCUGUCAGUUGGUGAAAUAGUUUAUUUCCUUAUUUUUUUGCACAAAAUACAAUAGACUUCUUUUGGGUUUAAAAUUUAAAAACGAUCGAUUGUUUUAAGCGAUAUUCCUAUUUGACUUAUUUAGGUAUAAGAUCGUUUACCUGUAGCCUAUUCGUAUUGCUAUUUGUGUGUCGCUAAAGUCGUUUGUUUAAAGUCUGAAGGUCGGUGUACCUUUUUAGUUUCGUUUCGUGUUUCCACACAGUAAGCCAACUUUUAAAAGACACGUUUCAUUGUAAAGUGCAGCUACCAGGUAUUUCUUGUUUCGUAUUUAAAAUUAAAUCUUGUUUUCGGAAAGAAAAAAAAGAAAAAAAAAGGUUUUCUGUUGCUAAGUUUAGUGUGUGUCGCAGGUCACACUUUUGUUGUCAGUUUUAAACGGAACUACACGGCCAUUUAAAAAAUAUAUAUAUAUAUAUAUUUCAGGUAGGCCCACAGUAUAAUCAGCAAUGUGUUUGCGCUUAUAAUUGUACUUUAUUACCCGGUUUAUAUUAUAUUUGUUUUAUCUGUGUAUUCUGAGGGCGUUUACAUCUGUUAUUACAUCUAUUUUUUAUGACUUGACCUUUUAAUUUUUUUUGUGUGUGUUUUGUUAUUUAGAACUUGCCUAAAAAGCCAUUUUUAAAGUUUCAAAAGAUAUAGUUUAACACCUAAUAACGUACACUUUAUUAUUUGGCCUAACGUGUAGUGUUUAUUAUUAUUAAUAAUAAUAAUAAUAAUAAUAAUAAUAAUAAUAAUAAUAAUAAUAAUAAUAAUAAAACCCAACUUUAAAUUGAUAAGAUUAAUUUGAUUUUUGGUUGGCUGUUUUAUAAAUAUAUUGCUUUAAGGAGAAACAAAAUUUCGCAACCCCUUCCCUGAACCCAGAGCCUUUUUCUCGGACCCCUGGCCGUUUGAAAUGAACCCGAGUCCCGCUGACUACCAGGUGGAGUUGGACGAGUUCGCCGCGCCGGCCGCGGUGGAGGGCACACUGCGGGACAACAAAGAGCGAGUUGAGGAUAUUUUCAGGGUAGCGUUUAAUAUUAUCGGGGUGCUUUCCACGGCAGGGGAGCCCUGUAGUUCACAAAGCUUGGACUGUAACGAGGAGGACCGGCAGACAUGGCUGCAGCUCCGAGGGAGACGGGCCGACGUGCACUCAGCCAAGGUGUUUAUCAGGGGGCUGUGCUCCCAGGAGCUGCAGAUGGAGGUGCUGUACCCCUGGGACCUGCACUGCGUCUUCACCGGAGCCAAGCAGCUCUUCCUGGAGUGCCUGAUCAGAGGGAGCGGCGCAUUCAUCGCGGUGCAGUCUCAGGGUCGUCUCCUCCUCUUGGGCCUCACUGAGCCUGUGGUUCUGGCCAGGAGCAGGAUUCUGGACCUGGUGGAGAAGUACGAGCGCAAUCAGCGCAUACCAGAACCACAUGAAACAGCCACCAAGAGCAGAUUCAAAAUGCUGGUGGAGAGCAGAGCGGACAAGCACACCCUGGACCUGCUGCUGCUGCCCAGUGCCGUGAAGGAGGAGCUGCUGGAGCUGGCAUCAGCAUGCACGGAGCCGGGGAGCCCCAGACUGAAGCACAGAGCCUGCGCCCCCACAUUCAACACCCCGUCUGUGACACAGCAUGCUGAAGAAUCCACAGAACCCAAUUUUUAUCCCCAAUUUGACAUUUUGGAUCUACCGAAAACAGCCACAGAAUCCGUGAGCGAGGACCCCCAAACACCUCCGUUCGACCCUUGUCAUCCCCAACUGCACCAGGCCUCGGGGGACAGCCUGCUCCUCUCCUCUGGCACGGAGAAGGAGUUUCAGAUCCUGCUCAAGUUCUUCACCACCAUGGGCUACCAGGAGGAGGUGGUGGGGAAGGUGCUGGCUGAGUCUGGGCUUGUGGAAGCCUCUCAGAUUCUGGAUAGGAUUCAGCAGGAGCAGGAGAGCAGUGUCCCAGAGGAGGAAGAGGAGCCCGACUUGGGCAGCGAUGACUUCGUCUUGGGGGUUAUCAAAUCAGCGGCCGCACGCUGUGGCUACACGGAGGAGGAGGUGCUGGAGGUAUACAGGGAGUCAGGAGGGGCCUCCAUCCACGGGCUCCUGGCUCAGCUACAAGCAGACAGGGAGGGGGAGACAGGGGGCCCCCAGUCCGAGAGUGCUAGGAGAGCGAAGGACAGAGGAGCCGUGGAACCAGAGUGUGAGACUAAACCCAACAAACUAGAAGAAUCUCGAGAGACAGUGGACGAGAGGGAAGUGGAGACCAGACUGGAUCACUACAGCAACCAGAUUAUGAUGGCCUAUCAACAUUUAGGAGAAAAUAACAAGACGCCUGACCAAGCUGUGGGAGUCCUCCAGGACCAAACUCUAAACCAGCGAGAUGUGUACCUUGAUUUCUUUGAUCAGGUUCAAGCUCCUCAGUGCACACCCAAAAAGAACCGAGCUAAAGCUGGCAGCCCACCUUUUCUUGACCAGACCAGGCCCAAAAUGGACAGGCAUUCCCCGCCGACUGUGAAAGGCCCCCCUCACAACGUCUACAACUCCGGGAAGCAAGACAGCCCCCUGCUGGACCCCCAGCUGAAUCGCCCAGCGAUGGGGGGGAAGGCAGUGCGGGGUAAAGACAGGAAGAGAGCCCCUGAGAGGGGGGCCAUGGUGACGGGGCAGCAGCGUUAUCUGGAGUCCCUGCAGACGCCCUUUGACCUCAAGCUGACCGACGCCCCCGGAGAGGAGAGCCUUCGACACGUGAUCAUCGACGGCAGCAACGUGGCCAUGACGCAUGGUCUGGGACAGUACUUCUCCUGUCGAGGGAUCGCUCUGGCAGUCCAGUUCUUUUGGAAUAAAGGACAUAGAAACAUUACUGUCUUUGUACCCCAGUGGAGACAGAAGAGAGACGCUAGAAUCAAAGAACAGAAGUAUCUGACAGAGCUGCAGAAUGUGGGUCUGCUGUCCUACACGCCAUCGAGAGAGGUGGAGGGGAAGAGGAUCAGUGCACAUGAUGACAGGUUCAUGCUGCAUUUAGCGGAGAAGGCAGACGGAGUGAUCCUGACCAACGACAAUCUCCGAGACUUCAUCGACAAGUCCCCAGCCUGGAGAAACCUGAUCAAGAAAAGGCUGCUUCAGUACACGUUUGUCGGUGACCUCUUCAUGGUACCAGAUGAUCCAUUGGGCAGAAGUGGACCACACCUGGACGAAUUCCUGUCUAAAACACACAGAUCCCCAGCUGCGGGCAGCCACACAUACGCAGGCAGAGUUCCAGCAAACCCAAUCCCCUCCCCCCCAAGAGCCCAGACGGAGGUCCUGCAGUACCGAGACCACACACUAGGGGGAGCUGCAGGAGUCCCGCAGUACCGGGGCAGGCCAGCAGGUUUAAGCAGAGAAGAAGAACAGCAGUACCCCAGCAACCCAGCAGGUGUCAACAAAGCAGAGGAUGGACUGCUGCAGUACAACAGCAGGCCAGCAGAUGUCAGCAGAGUAGAGGCAGGACUGCAGUACCCCACCAGGCCAGCAGGCGUCAGCAGAGAGGCCCCAGAGGGUCACACAGGGCAUAGGAGAGCACAGGAGACCGAAUGCUUGAAGAAGCAGCUGCUGGAAGUCUUCUCUAAUCAGGAAAGUGCUCUGGAUAUCGUGUUGAACUGUAACCCGACUGUCCGCGAUGUCAACAAGCUUUCAGAAAUGAUACUCAGCUUCGAGAUGUGAUUUGUAUAUUUGAACUGUAGUGGGUUCUUACCGGGCCAGACCCUGCUCCUGCGUAGUUUAUCAUUCUGAGAUCUGCUUCCAAUCCAAGAAGAAGAAAUGCUGACCAGACCACAAUCACUGUACUAAAAAAAAGGUGAGGAGCUCCUGAGUGGCGCAUCUAGUAAAGGCGCUCCACGUGGAGUGCAGGAUGCGCUCUAUAGUCUGGACGUCGCGAGUUAGAGUCCAGGCUAUUCCACAGCCGACCGAGGAUGGGAGCUUCCAGGGGGCGGCGCUCAAUUGGCCGAGCGUCGCCCGGGGGGAGGGAGGGUUAGGUCGGCCAGGGUGUCCUCGGCUCACCGCGCACCAGCGACCCCUGUAGUCUGGCCGGGCGCCUGCGGGCUUGCCUGUAAGCUGACCAGAGCUGUGUUGUCCUCCGACGCUGUAGCUCUGAGGCGGCUGCACGGUGACUUCGCAGUGUGUAAAGAAGCGGUCGGCUGACGGCACACGCUUCGGAGGACAGCGUGUGUUCGUCUUCGCCAUUCCCGAGUCAGCGCAGGGGUGGUAGCGGUGAGCUGAGCCUAAAAAAAUAAUUGGACAUUACUAAAUUGGGGAGAAAACAAUACAAAUAAUUGACGACCACUAAAUUUAAAAAAACAAAACAAAACAAAAAAAGGUGAACAUUUUUCUGGACUCUUUGGAAAGAGAGCUUGUCAGGUUAAGGGUUGCUCUCUUGUUGUGGACCAGCUGCAGAGAGAAGACGUGUUUGAGAGCUCUAUUGAAGACAUUACACACUAUUGCUAUGCUUAUGUGUUUAUAAUGUGGAUCUGCAUCGGCCACACGAAACUCACCUGUUUACAGAUUAAAAGGCGAUAAUUUGUUUUUAAUUGAAAGCACUGUGGAAAUUAUACACACAGCACAACCUAAUUGUGUGAUUUAAAAGUUUACCGGCUUUCAAUUGAAAUGUGUCGGUUCAGUGAGACCUUAAAGGAAAAUUAUUCUGAACCUCUGUAUUCGUCCCAUCCCUAAUAUAUAUAUACCUAUAUGAACAUGUUUGAAUUAUUUCUUUGAUCUUAUAAAUUAUGUAUUUUCAAACAAAUAUUUCCAUUGAAAUGAUUUCUGUUUCCAAACGUUAAUAAAUUGAUUUAUUUUCUUUGUCAUAA